AUUUACUUCCGGUGUAGCAUGCUAGCUGUAAAAUGGGGCAGGCUGACUUCAGGUGCAUAGAAUGCAACGAAAAGGCGACUGAGCUGCACAGAGAUUACAGUAACGGCAUACUGAAGAUAACGUUAUGUGCGUCAUGUCAGAAGCCAGUGGACAAAUAUAUAGAAUAUGAUCCAGUUAUCAUAUUGAUUGAUGCCAUCUUGUGCAAGACGCAGGCGUUCAGACACAUUCUGUUUAACACAAGCAUGGAUAUCCACUGGAAGCUGUGCAUGUUCUGCGUGCUGUGCGAGGCCUACCUCAGGUGGUCCUUGCUGCACAGUUCGGAGCCAAGCGGCGACCCCGCUGACAUUAUCAGGUACACUAAGGAAUGGGAAUUCUACGGCAUGGUUGCCUUAGCAGCACUGGAGCUGUCAGCGUUCUGCGGCGGCGUGUUGUGUUUCCUCUGGGCGGUGCCAGGUUGCCUUAAGGGUCCCGACGUGGAGCUUGGCGUACUCCUGCGAGCGCUUCUCCUGUCCUGCUACGGCAAGGUCCUCCUCGUCCCUGUCGUCAUUUGGGAGCAUGACUUCUCGCCGCUCUGCCUAGGAUUCAUCAAGCUCUUUGUGCUCACCUCCAACAGUCAAGCUGUCAGAGUGAUUCUCAACUGCAGAAGGCGUCUGGCGUUGUCAGCCAUCGGCGUGGGCCUGCUGUUAGAGACGUCCGUCAUUCAGGGCUGUAAGUGGCUCGCGUGGAGAAUCCAGGACACGGCCAUGUUCGAUUGAACACCUUUAUUAUUCAUCUCAGGGAUGAUGGACUUACUGGGAACUUGAUUUACUUUUUUAAAAAUGCAUCAAAGCACAGACAGACUGUGUUGAUUUAUUUUGAGGAUUUACACUGACUACUUUACAUUCAAUCAAAGUGUCAUUUCAUCAUGGUCGCCCCAUGAAAAGAUUCAGCCGAAAUGGGAGUUAGUGGAACCUCGAUUUACGAACGCCUCUAUUUGUUAGAUCUAGCCAAAUAUGUCUCUGUUGGACAAUGUUUCUACGUACAAGUGCUUCAUUCAUUUAUUUAUUCAUUUUGUCUGUCGCUGGAAGCCCUAUUGGGUGCUGUCAUUUUGAUGACAUUACUUCCGGCACACACGGCCAUUUUAAAGAGGCGGGGCCUCAUGUCACAUUAUUUACAUAUAUGCGAAGAGUAGAUGGCGGCACCGCCAAUGGCACACAGAUUGGCUUGCAAAUAUGGAAGAAACUAAUUCCACAAUUGCAACCAUUAUAAAAAAAGGACAUUUAUAUGGUUGCUGACUUUGCCAAGGGGGUUGAAUAUCUUAGCAAGGACAGAGAGAAAGCGCAAAACCAAGUUGAAAAGCUGUUCCUCGUGUGGAUAAAUGAGAAGCAGCCAGCAGGUAAUAGCAUUUCCGAGGCUAUCAUGUGCGAAAAGGCUCGCCAUUUAUAUGGUGACUUGAUAUCCAAAAGUGCUGAGCCAGCACAGAAGAACAAUUUAGGGCGAACUGUAGGUGGUUGGAAAAGUUUAAGACGGGGAGUUGGCGUUCACUACGUGGCUGCUGGCUCCGACAAAGCUGCAGCGGAGGAGUUUAUCAAGCACUUGAAGAAUUUAAUCAGUGAAGGGGGAUUCUAUCGCAGCAAAAUUUUAACUCUGAUUAAACCAGGCUGGUUUUUUUGGGAAAAAUAUCCCUGAGGAGAAGGCACAACUGGGACACACACGGAUGAAGGAUCGCCGUUUACAAAUCUGAAACUCCUAGACUAUUAAAAAAAAAAGCCACAAAAAAUCACAGACACAAGGUAAAAAGGAUUUUCCUUUGUUUUUUUUUUGUAGCAACAUGGUUGUUGAUAACGUCUUGGAGAGCACCAAAGGCAAAGGGAUGUUUGAGUGUGUGCACGCUUUGACAGUUAGGCUGACCGUUGUUGUUUUUUUUGGAUCAAAAAGAGAUUGUUGAAACAUUAUCCCCUUGUUAUGUUGGUUUGAUAUGGAUACCGUACAUACAUAUACAAUUUAGUGUCUUCAAAGUGUGCAUUUUAUGUGAUAAAAUAGGGACUUUUGUCGAGACUAAAACCAAUUUUUCACGUUAAAAUUGUUUCUUAUGGGGAACUCUGCUUCACUAUACAAACUUUUCGGUUUGCGAACCAACCAUGUUCAAGAACCAAUUAAAUUCGUAAAUCGAGGUUCCACUGUACUGAAAAUAGUCGUAAUUUAGUCGACUUUUAUGAAAUAUAUUUAUUUUUCUUCUGUAUUCUAAACACUACUUGAGAUGCCAAUCAAAAUGAGUUAAACAUUUAAUUAUGUUUUUUCAUAUUUUUUGGGAAGGGGAAAAAUGUAACGUAAACAUACAAUGUAACCGGAAAAAGAACAAAGCAUACACCUGGUUAAUUGACACAUGCAUUUGUAUUUUUAAUAUCAAAACGUUUUAUUUUUGAUAUUUAAUUAUAUUUGGUUUAAUGUUGCAAUGCCAUUUUUUUAAAACAUUUGUUGGGUCAUCUUUUUGUACAAGACUACUUAAAUAACAGUUCAAGCACAUUUUUAUGUAUUGAUUUCUUUCAAUUUCAUGGUGGAUUUUGGAAGUGAGAGGAUUAAGAAAAAUAUAACUUAAAAUUGAACUGGAGCAAAGAAUAUCCAUCCAUCCAUUUUCUACCCUUUGUCCCUUUCGGAGUUGUGGGGGGUGCAGGAGCCUAUCUCAGCUGCAUUCGGGCGGAAGGCGGUGUACACCCUGGACAAGUCACCACCUCAUCACACUCACAUUCACACACUAUUGAUUUCUUUCAAUUUCAUGGUGGAUUUUGGAAGUGAGAGGAUUAAGAAAAAUAUAACUUAAAAUGUAAUUGGAACAAAGAAUAUGUGAAAUACAUGCAUUUGUAUUUUUGUAUUUUUAAUACCACACUGGGCAAUCUGGAUCAGAUUCAAAUUAAAUGUGUUUUUUGUUGCAACACUAAUUUCCUUCAAAUCUUUCUUUACUGAGACACCAAUGUGAGCAAAAUAAUUGUAUUUCUUCAAUUUCUGGGGAAAUGUUGACAUGUUAAUGUCCUUGUAGCGGUAAAGUCCUAUACUCUUACUGCUACUGGUUGCCGAAUAUAACUGAAGCUAGUUUAGACGUGUGCAGCUGGCUAAUAAUUGAUGUCCAGAAUUGUGUCCAUGUUUAAUACAAAUAUCUAUUAACAUACAGUCACGUAAAUCAAACUCACUUUGUAACAAAAACGGAAAAUAAACGGGAGCAAACAAAUCAUAGCCUGGCACAGUCAAAAACUGUUGUGCCUCUACUCAGCAACACCUGAGCAAGAUCCCAGCCCCUCCCUAAGU